GGUGGCUGAAAGGGCUCCCGCAGGCUCGCUCUAGGUCGCGGCAAGCUGUCGGGGAUUCCAGGAAGGGAGAGCUCGGCCACUCCAGCUCCUUUUUCUUCUCUUCCGUGGCGCUCUAGCCCGGCAGACCAUGGUCACCCGGUGCGCUGCGCUGGGGCUGCUGCUCCUUGGGGCGGUCGGGUCCCUCCCGCAGAAACAAGACCCGUGUGAAGCUGGCUUCCACUACAAUGAGUCUUAUGGGAGUUGCUGCUACCUCUGCCUCUCAGAUCUGGUGCCUCAGAAGCCAUGUCCCCAACGGCUUGAAGACUGCAGGAAGAAGUGUGAUCCAGACCAUUACUUGGAAAUUGAGGAGGAAUCCCGCUGCCAGGCUUGUGUUAACUGCUCUAGAGGUGACCUUGUGGAGAAGAUUCCUUGUACCUGGAACUCCCCUCGAGUCUGUGUAUGCCAGGAAGGCAUGUUCUGUGCCACAUCAGCCAGCCACAGCUGUGCCCGUUGUGUGAAACACUCCAUGUGCCCACCAGGGACCAUAGUCAAAGAGCAAGGCACCUUGGAGGAGGAUACUGUUUGUGAGCCCUGCCUCCCUGGGACCUUUUCCAACCACAGCUCCACUGCCAAGGAUUGCCAGCCUCACACCAGGAUCUCAGAUCUUCCAGACCCUUCCAACACCACCGCUAACCCCUCCGACAGGAGCUCAACCCAUGACAUUGGGACUCUCUCACCAUCUCUCACAGGAAGACCCAAUCCAGGUUCUGAGUCUCUUUUCUGGGUGGCGACGGUCUUUGCUGUGACGCUUGCCUUUGUUCUCUUACUGAUCUGCCAGCAGAGGGCCUGCAGGAAGGGGAUUCUGCAGAAGCUUCACCUCCCUUCUGGCCAAGCCUUCCAACCCAAGGUCAUGUCUAUGGGUUACAGCCUCAAGAAAAAUUGCCAAAGAAUAUCUAUAUCAUGAAAGCCGACACAGUGAUUGUUGGGUCUGUCACUAGAGUGUCCGAGGGCAGGAACCCCGUCGUGACCUUGGGACUUGAGGAGACAGC